CAGACGGCGAGAAGAGAUUUUUACUCCUGGGGAAUUUUGUGAUUGUCCCAUACCAUCAGUUCUAAUUUUCUUUUCCUCUGAGAAAGGAUAGAGAUCGAAACACAUACAUACACACACCAACAAUGGAUUCCAAUCAGCAAUCUGACCAUUCCAAUGACGAAGCAUCAGCGGUAGCCCUUCCACAACAUAUCACCGCCACCAGUGAGCGUGAUUGUCCUUUGCCAGGGACUGUUCCUGAUGGCCUUGCUGUUCGUGAUGAUGAGGUCAUGCAAGAAGAACUGUUGCUAGACGAAGGAGCCGCGGUUUUUUUUAAUGAAUCUGAAGAUCAACAGUCAAGGGUGUUAGAAUCAGUCGAGUCAGGACUUGGCAAUGUUUUAUUUGACGUGUGGUGCUUAACUCUGUUACCUUUGCUGUCAAUUCCGGACAUCUUUCAGCUGUGUGGGGUUAGUAGACGCUUGAGGGAGCUGCUACACAAUGAGUACACAUUCAAGGGUCUAUGUCAGCACCGGUAUCAGCUCAGUCCGUAUUUGGAGAUGUCCUACAUUCAAAUUGCCAAAGUCAUGUACAUCGCCACCAGGGUAGCUAGCCUGCAUCACAGCGGCACUGCGGAGUUCAUGAACUGCGUGAUUGGUAGCAAUGAUCAUCGAGUUUUCGGACACAAAAUGCGGUCGAUUGUUCGAUUAUCAAGCCUAGCGCUGCCACUGCCUGAGAACGUCGUCAAUACGUUUCCUAGCUGCACAAGCACUGGGCAGUUGAUGUUACUCGCACAAGAGCAGUGCCUGUUGGUGGAAGAAGCUUGUACCUACCUUCCAAACAUUUCACAGACGUUUAUUGAAGAAACAUGCAAUGAGGAACCAGGUUGUAUUUUUUACAGACUUGAAGACCUAGUGAAGUUAUCGUUUGACAAUUGCAGCUCCAUUGAACAGUACCAAACAGCAAUCAUCAAGGAUUUAGAGAAGGAUAGUUCAGAGAUGGUCCAAUACUUGUCCUCCACGAACCGGUCUAGCAGGCUAGUGAGCAUCGCGAAAGGGUUUUACAGCGUCGCAAGGCGAGAUACGACAGUGGUCUCAUUACUUAAUAAUGAGUAUUUGAUCGCACAUCUCACACCGUGCUUAGCUAAGCCUUGGAUCUAUAACCCCUUCCAUCAUUUUAUUAUGAAUUUUAGAAACAGUGACAUUGCUUCUGCUGACGCAUUUGCCUCCCUUAAGUGGAUUGACGCGACUACACUGCUCGCAACAACACACUCUGUGAUCAAUCUGCUGAUCACGAACAACCUGCAGACAAACGAAGUGGAGGAUUACUUCACGGCUGUCCUUGAGUACAACACGCUGUGGAUGAGUUUGCCACAAUCCAGUCGCCCCAGGCGUGACGAUCUAUACCGUGGCUUGGGUACCUACAUACGUGGGUCAUCACUAGAGUCAGGUUUGCAGAGGAAAUUGACCAAGGUCGAUUUCCUAAAUGCUAUGAAAAAAUAUGGCGAUGAACUUGUUGCCAAUGCGGUCUCGCACGCCUAAGACUUUUAAUAGUAUUCCUCCUGCUGUAAAAGCACAACCCACUUCUGCACAGUAUUUUCCUAGUCAUUUCUGUUGGUUGAGAAGUGUCGAUAUUGAUAAACUUUGAUUCAGACUCUUUUGAUCUCUUUUGAUCUUCCUGAUUUGCUCAAUGCAGUUUUGUUAUUACAGACUUACCGGUUACAAGGUUUGAGAGGCGACUAAGCACGUCUGCAAGCCGUGGAAGCAUUACGUCAUAGUUUCCUCUCCACCCGAAUCCUCACCUAUUCUCAAAUGACGCUUCCACUGCAUUUUGCAUUUUUUAACUAUUUUCAAUUAAAAUAUUCGCUGCAGAUAUGGCUCAUACUUCUGUUCACAAGAACUGUGUUACUACGUUUGUAUGGGACACCUGAUUCUAUUGUGGUCUUUCAAGUUGACUUUAGUUUAGAGUGUCAUAUAGUAACUUCGAUCGAAUGAUCUCAACCUUUGCCAAGCAGGACUAUCCUCAUUUGAGCUUCUCUAUCUGUAAAUUCAUC